UGGCUGGUUGCUCCUUCUGAGGUCCUUAGUCGCUAUCACUAGCUACUUGCCUUCUCAAUUCGUUCUCUCUACAUCUUCGUCCUUGGUGCACCUUCAUCGUCCAUACAAACUCACCUCUUCUACACCUAUACUCUUACAGCCUAAGAAACAUCACUAGGUAUGUCCUACACGUAGACUCUCAAUGAUCUACUGACGCAAGCCCAGAUGACAUCGCCUCCAACCCACACUCAUCUACUCCUGCACGAAUAUCACUAUUCUGAUUGACAAGCGAAAUGGCAAAACACAACAGAAAGACGCACUCUUCCAGGGCUCGCCGCAAACUUGAGCGUCUGCAGCAACAAAUUGAGACAACUUGCAUCGAAGACGCUGAGAGUCCGCAUGUCGAGAUUGUCGAUCAGGAGAUCGAACUUCCCGGCAAUGAUGGUACGCUAGGGCAAUCUCUUGACGGUACAUGGGGUGGUGGAUGCUCUAACGGCAAUGGAGGGAGUAUUCUCGACUUGGUGAACGACAUUCGGGUUCUCCGAAACAAUCCUAGUGAAGGAGCAUCAAGAGGAGGAGGAGGACUGGUCUCAGGACAUUCAAGAGCGUCAAAGACAGCGCCUGCACCACGAAUUCCAAAACCUCCUACCCAACGCCCAGCUGUGACCGCGGAAGAGACUAUUCCUCGAGGCUUGCAGAUUCCGGCUCUGAGCACAAUACGUCUCACUCAUGGUUUUCGAUACCCGAAAGAGCUGAAUGAGUGUGGAAUACCACAAGGCGACUGGGAAGUAUUUUGCGGAAGCAUUGUACUUCCACUAAUCAAUCGCGAAACGCCGGGAGUCGCCUGGGCGAUUGAGCAGAUUCUGGAUCGGGUCGCCAUGUGGGAUGCUCAGUGUUUCCGACCACGAGGAUUCAUUAUAAGAAUGGAUAUGCCUGGAGAACAGAAGUAUGGCCUUGACUUCAUGGACAUCCAUCACUUCUACUCACUCCGGAAACACGUCGAUAACCUCUCGGAUAAACCUCCCGUAGUUGGCAUAGGGAAUCAUUGGUGAGAACAUCCGCACUCCGUAGCACGCUCCUCUUUUUACGAACUGAUAAUGUAUAGGAAAAUGAAACGGAAUAAGAAGCCAAAGGCCCGGCAUCACAAGCAGGUUCGCAGGAGAAUGUUCUGUUGCACGCGGAUCAUCCUUGAUCCACUGUCCGUUAUGGAUGACCCAGAGGUUGCUGAACAGAGAGGCUGGAUAAAUUGGAAGGAAGCCUGCAAUCAUGCCCAUGCAGCACUGAAAAAGUCCGAGGGGGAAUCGAACGUCAACAAUC